AUGCAGUCGCAAUCCCAGGAGGCUCGGCAGCAGCUCCGACAAAGCCUCUCUCAGAGCGGCUCUCCCCACGAUCACCCCAAUCCAUCGCCCGGCGCCGCACCAGGGUUACAGCAAGAUGCAGCAUCCCACUUCCUGCAAACAGCCCAACAGCACCUCUUCAUGGGCAGUCACUCGCCCUUAUCAGCUUCGGCGUCCGCCGACCAGACAGGCUCAGGCUACCAGUCAAGCAGCGCACAGUCAGCUUCGGAGGAUCCCAUCUUGGACUCUGGCACAGCUUCGUCGUCCGUAGCCGGAUCGCGCCGACCCUCUUCGCUGGGGCGAAAGGCAUCGGAAGGGAGCCGCGGUCAAAAGCACAGGUGGUCUGCCGAGGAAACGCAGGCGCUCGUUGAUGGCUGCAAUAAGCAUGGCGUGGGGAACUGGAAAAAGAUUCUCUCGGAUCCAGAGCUGUCCGGACUCUUCUCCGACAGAACGGCAGGUGACCUCAAGGACCGCUUCCGAACCUACUUUCCCGACGCUUAUCACGAAAUGUAUCCCAACGCAAAGACGCAUCUCAGCAAGGCGGUCAGAGGAAGGGACUCGGAUGGAAAGAGCAUCUUCGAAAAGGGCAAGACCAAAGAGAGGCGGCCCUUCACAGCUGAAGAGGACGCGGCUCUUCGCGCAGGCUAUCAGCACUAUGGAUCCCAUUGGGCAUUGAUAGCAAAGGAUCCCAUCUUCAACGGCCAAAGACGCGCCAUCGAUCUGCGCGAUCGUUUUCGAAACGCUUUCCCCGAAGACUACGAGCGAGCUGGCUUCAAGCCGCGCCCUUCCAAAGCCAGAAAGGAUCGUGGUCCCAGCGCGUCCAAGCCAGGUCAAGGACAUGCUGCUCGAUCCGGUCCGUUUUCUGAUCACAGUCACUCCGAGGGCGGCAACGCUUGGCGCAGCACAGAGUACCCUUUGAGUGACACCACAAGCGACGGCCAUCUAACCGAUCACGGCAACCUUACCGACUACAGCUACUUCACCGACCAGGGCAAUCUCACCGAUGGUGGCGCAGAUGCUGUCUUUUCCGGGCCUUCCAGCGGCACGAGCAGCGCGCUUGGGCGAUCCAACUCGAUGGGCCACGGCGUCGGGCUCCAGAUUUCAUCACAGGCAGCCAUGGGCGAAACGAUGAGUUUCGGUCAAGCUCUGUCAUUACAGCAGCAGCAGCAGCAGCAGCAGCAGCAACAAGCGUUCAUGCAGGCCAGACCCCCUUUCAUGUCGUCCAACACGGCGCCUCUGCCCGGUGCAAACCUGCCACUCCGUGUGACCGACAUGGUCACUGGGCAGUCCAUCAACAGUCUCUUCGAGCAGCUUGAGCAGGCAAGCUUGGAAGGCACAGGUACCAGCUCCGAAACGAGCAGCGUUCACGGACGAGCCACUCCGCCCAGCGCGAGCGAAGGCGACGUGGCACAGCAGCAGCGGGUCCAGCAGAUGCAUCAGCAGACAUUGUCGUCCAGCCAUACCAAGGCUGUCUCGGCGGACGACGCACGCAGGCAGGCGGGCAAGCAAGCAAGUCACGACGGCGUCAGUCACAAGAGGAGGAGUCACGCUUCUCGCACCGGCAAGAACUCAGCACUCGAGCGACUGCCUUCGGUUCAUGGUCACCUCCAUCACAUGCACGGCCACGCACACGGACACAGCUCGUCCCACUCGAACCCACACUCAAGACCUCUGUCGCAGUCUUCGAGUCAGCACCACUCGCCGGCAGGAGGCGCUGUGCCCCUCCAGUCAGAUCCCCGAUUGUCCCCUCUGGGCCACGCAGACUACGUAGCUCAACCCGAUGUUCUGGCUUGGCUCAAUCCCGCAGGUCAGAACAUGCUGCCUCAGAGCGCCUCCAUGGACAUGGACGGACCUUCCGGGCAGGUGCCGUCGUCAUGGUCAGCAUACAGCUCGAGCGCAAGUGAUGUAUCUGGCGCUAGCCUCGGUAGCGUCGAUUCUCGAGGCUUCUCAGCACAUCAGCAGCCGAUCUUUGGAACGGGCAUCAACUUCGCGAACCAGGCUGGCUUCACUUCACCGCCGCAUCCUGGUUCGAUCGCCAUGCUGGGACAAGGCGUUGGCAGUGCCUCCGGUUCGUCGGCCUCUUCAGCCACAGGAUCUCGCAGGUCGUCCGAGACGUCCAGCUCCUUCGUCCAGCAGCAACAGAUGGCACAGACGAAUGCAAAGUCGAUGCCCGACAGACAAGCAACCUUGCGCGGCAACUACGUCAACGACCCAAUGCAAAGCUUCGUCGAUUCCUUCUCGGCUCAUCCUGCUGACGCCUCGCAGUGGAACGUCGACUGGGAUCUCGGCAGCUUCUCGGACUCCGGUCUUCAGACGCAGGAUGUCAACGAGCUGCUCGCAUCGCUGCCUUUGCCGCAUCACCCUUGGGCAGGCGACCUACAGCACGGAGUGACAGCGGCCGACACUCGAGAACAAACUCAACAAAGCACCAAUUUUGGCGACGUGAAUGCGGCACAGAUGUCAUCAGAGCAGCGCAACCAGUUGAACAACACCGAGAACGCCUCUGGUCCCAGUGCCAUCGGUCAAGGCAAAGCGGCAGAGGACGCCCUGCUCCGUCAGAUGAACGCCCUUGGCGCCCUGCCACAGCAACAGCAGCAGCAGCAGGCCGGUCAGCAGCCGUCCAGCGGCAAUGCAGCUGGAUCGUCGUCCAACAACGACGGUGGUGUCUCUUUUGCCACUGUCACAUAUGGUGAUCCGCUGCUCCGCGAAGAACGAGAAGGCUCACCCGACUCGCUUGAACUCCAACGCGAACAGACCUUCACCGCGAAGGAUGUCGGCAAGCGCUUCUCACGUGACAGGCAGGACGAUGACAAGGAUCUAGCCGAGUCGGACGACGACCAGCGUCGCCGUUCCACUGACACACUGCGUCGUGUGGAAGGUGCGCUUGAGCAAGCGCUCGAGUCCGUCGAGGAUACUCGUGCUUUGGCCUUCGCACAGCAAUUCCAGCGCGACGUUGACUCGGACGAAGAUUCGGACGAUGAGGAGGAAGCGGACGAGGACGGAUACGAGGAGGACGAAGAGGACGACAAUGAGCCGGACUACGAGCAGGAUGGCGCUGAGUACAACUUCCAACAGGUCUUGGAUGACAUGCAGGCAUCGGAUCCUCAGCUCAGUGGCCAAGGCGCGUUCUCGAGCGACUUCUUCGAUGGGCCCUUCGACGAUGGCAUGGGCGCAACACCGGGUGCGCUCGGUCCGUCCGCUCUGGCCGGCGGCGAUCUGUCCCUAUACCCGAACUUGGACAGAUCCAUGGCCGGAAGCGCCCAGAACGCGGCUCAGAUGACAUCUUCAUCGGCAGGAUUCUCGCACAGUGCGCCACUCGAUGGCAUGCAGGGAACAGGGGAUGCGGCAGCCGCCGCCGGACUGAUGAACCAGAUGUGGAAUGCUGGCGUGCCCCUUGGGCUGCAUCAGCAAAGCCAAACCGCAAGCGGCGCCGGCAGCAUGGCUUACGCCGGCAACGCCAACAUGUUCGCCAACGUCCAGUCAACAGGAUGGGGAUCGAGCCCCGGCGGCCAUUCCAGUCCGAUCAACGGCUUGAACGCUGGCCUGGGCGAUGGCAGCAUCCGAGGCAGCCCUGGCCAAGGCAAUGCAUCUUUCAAUCAGCAGCAGUAA